UAAAGGGGGACCAAUAUGCCACCAAGUCCUAAGGCAGACAAAGGCAAAUUACCAAUGCAAAUGGAUGUUGAGAAUGUCUUCCACAUGACUGGAGGGAUUGGUGUCACUAGCUAUGCAAAAAAUUCCUCACUCCAGAAGAAGGCGUCUGAUAUGGUGAAGCACAUAACCACAGGAACAAUACAAGAACUUUUUCUUGCAACCACCCCAAAGAGCAUAGGCAUAGCAGAUUUGGGUUGCUCUUCUGGACCCAAUUCCUUAACCACCAUCAAAGACAUAGUUGAAGCUGUUGAAAGGAGCAGCAUCAACAUCUUGCACCCACUCCCAGAGUUGCGAGUGUACCUCAACGAUCUUCCAACAAAUGACUUCAAUUCAAUCUUUAAGGCCUUGCCAGAAUUCUACAGGGAGCUUAGAAAAGAGAAAAAUGGUGGGUGUCCCUCCAUUUUCAUAGGAGGUUAUGCCGGCUCCUUUUAUGGAAGACUUCUCCCCAACAAUUGCUUGCACUUUGUCUAUUCAUCCUACAGUUUGCACUGGCUCUCGAGGGUUCCUCCAGCUCUUUACGAUGAGCAGGGCAGGUCCAUAAACAAAGGCCAUAUUUACAUCUCUCGAUCAAGCCCUCCACAGGUUUCCCAGGCGUAUUAUAAGCAAUUCCAGGAGGACUUCAAUUUAUUCCUCCGCUCACGCUCUGAGGAGCUUGUUGUUGGAGGACGAAUGGUGCUCAUCUUGCUGGGUAGGAGAGGUCAAGAUCAUGUCGACAGGGGCAACUUUUUCUUCUGGGAACUUCUUUCCCGCUCUUUUUCCAAAUUGGUUUCACAGGGAGAAGUUGAGGAAGAGAAGCUAGAUUCAUACGAAGUGCAUUUCUAUGCACCAUCAAAGAAUGAAAUAGAAGAAGAAGUGAGAAAGGAAGGUUCUUUUGGGUUAGACAGGCUGGAGAUGUUUGAAAUAGAGAGGGAUCAGAAGGAUGGGGAGAACUAUGGAAAGGCAGUUGCCAGGGCGGUUAGGGCCAUCCAAGAAUCAAUGAUUUCCCAACAUUUCGGAGAAAGGAUUUUGGACAGUUUGUUUGACAACUACGGAAGGAUGGUGGAUGAAGAAACGGCUAAAGAAGAAAUCAAGGCCAUGUCUUUUGCUAUUGUUCUUAGAAAAUUAUGAUGCCAAGUAACCCAAUAUUGUAAUUAAUGAACUUAUGUUUGUUAUUUAACCAUGUGUGUUUUGCAA